CUAUCACAAUUCACCUGUUGAGAGAAGGACAAAUGCUGAGAACACUGAUCUACCAACAUGCUCAGGAAACUGAAGAGAAAUGCCACCGCAGGAGGAGGUUUCAUAGUUCUUUGCAUUUUACUUUAUCUCUACUUGUCUGAAAACUGCACCAUCUCCACACCCAUUUUCCUCCAACCCAACGUCAAAGAGCAAAGCAGUCAUGCGGAGCUGUACGCCAGCCAAGCAAAGGUGUCCAGAAGGAGCGCCACUUAUAAAUACUCCUGGCCCAAAUGUGAAAGAAACAUUUCAAUGUCCAAUGUCACGGAUUUCGGCUCUCUACCUAGAAAUAUACAAGACUUUCUUUACCACCGCCACUGUCUACACUUCCCCAUGCUCCUGGACAACCCUGACAAAUGUGGGGGACCUGAAGGGUCUGCAGAAGUCUUUCUCCUGCUGGUCAUCAAAAGCGCUCCACCGAACCACGACCGCAGGGAGAUGCUGCGCAAGACCUGGGCCAAGGACAGGCUGUACAACGGGGUGUGGAUCCGGAGGAUCUUCAUCUCGGGCACGAUGGGUUCGGGUCCUGAGAAGAGGAGACUGAACAAACUCCUUGAGCUGGAGCAGCAGAAGUACGGGGACAUUCUCCAGUGGGACUUCAGCGACACCUUCUACAACCUCACCUUGAAACAAGUACUCUUUCUGGAGUGGACGGAGAGAAACUGUCCCGGUGUGCGCUUCAUGCUGAAUGGAGACGACGACGUGUUUGCCCACACAGAGAACAUGGUCCUGUAUCUCCAAAGCCUCGAGGACAAUGACGGGAGCAAGCACCUCUUCACGGGCCAUCUGAUCCACUACGUGGGACCCAUCCGCGAUCGAGGGAGUAAAUACUUCGUUCCGGUGCAGGUGCACGAGUCGGAGUCGUACCCUCCCUACUGUGGCGGCGGCGGGUACAUUUUGUCCGGCUACACCGCCAUGGUCAUCUACAACAUGUCUCAGUCCAUCACCCUGAUUCCCAUCGAUGAUGUCUACUUUGGGAUGUGCAUGGAAAAGGCGGGACUCGGCCCCGAAUCACACCCCGCGGUAAAAACUGCUGGACUUCACAUUCCCAACGUUGAAGAUUACGACCCUUGCUAUUAUAAAGAAAUGCUCCUCGUACACAGAGUGCUCUCAGAAAACAUGUAUCUCCUUUGGGAAAGAAUUCACGGGCCGAACCUGAAGUGCUUCGGCAGCUCGUAGAGGACAUGCGGCAACAAGGUCCGUUGCUGCCUGUAAAUCACUACAGCUGACUGCAAAUCCUUCCAACAACAACACAUUUCUUCUUUUACUGUAUCUUUUCACUGUUAAGGUGGUCCUUUGGUACUUGUGACUAAAUAUAGAUCAAGUAAAUGUGUAAUUUAUUUGUAUUGUAUAAUUAUGGUUAAUUGUUAUAAUAUAUAAGAUAUAUAUAUAUAAAAUGUAAACAGAGUAAAUGGUAUGUGGGCUGUUAUUGGGGACAGUGAAGGGUAUUUAAUGCUGGUACACAGGUAUUUUGGAGUGUUAAUAAAAGAUUGUUAUCUUAUUAGUCGAUUAUUCCCUGAUAGCAAAAUAUGAGUGAGUCAAUGUUGAAAGAUGGUUAGGCAGAAACAUUGAAUCCAUGUUGAAGCCAUGUCCACGACAAACAGAAUACGUUCAUUCAACAUUGAUUACACGUUGGCAUUAGAAUUGGAUGAUUGAUUGAUGGUUGAUCCACCAUCAGUUGUUGAACCGACCUAAAAUCAACCUUUUUGACCAUAAUUCAACAUUGAUUUAACAUCGUUUGUUAUCUGGGUUUAGUGCAGUAAAGUGAAUUUCAUACUGUUUUUAAAGUGUUUUAUAAAUAAAGUUGACUUGGCUUGGGCUUGGCUAUUAGAUUGAGGAUUUUAGAGAGGUAACUUUUUCUUUUUUUCAUGUCAAACUGAGGACUUGAAAUGUCUAUCAGAUACAAACACAAGCAAACAAAGAAGGACAGAAGUGUGUGUAUAUAG